AUUUCCUUCCAACUGAAAUGGAGAUUCAAUUCACUAACUUGGUUGCAUUUUUGCUCUUUCUCUCAACCAUCCUUCUUCUAUUCAAGAAAUGGAAAACCCAAAAGCUAAAUUUGCCUCCUGGUCCAUGGAAAUUACCUUUUAUCGGAAGCCUACAUCACUUGGCAGUGGCAGGUCCACUUCCUCAUCAUGGCCUAAAAAAUCUAGCAAAACGCUAUGGGCCGCUCAUGCACUUACAACUCGGGCAAAUUCCUACCGUCGUCAUUUCUUCGCCACAAAUGGCUAAGGAAGUACUAAAAACUCAUGACCUCGCUUUUGCAACGAGGCCGAAACUUGUUGUGGCCGAUAUCGUCCACUACGAUAGUACGGACAUAGCAUUUUCUCCGUACGGAGAAUAUUGGAGACAAAUUCGUAAAAUUUGCAUACUCGAACUCCUGAGUGCCAAGAUGGUCAAAUUCUUUAGCUCGAUUCGUCAAGACGAGCUAUCGAAGAUGGUCUCGUCUAUACGGACGAUGCCUAAUCUUCCGGUCAAUCUUACAGAUAAAAUAUUUUGGUUUACAAGUUCUGUAACUUGUAGAUCAGCUUUAGGAAAAAUAUGUGGUGACCAAGACAAAUUGAUAAUUUUCAUGAGGGAAAUAAUAUCAUUGGCAGGUGGAUUUAGUGUUGCUGAUUUUUUCCCUACAUGGAAAAUGCUUCAUGACGUUGGUGGUUCGAAAACUAAACUGGUGAAGGCACAUCGUAAAAUCGAUGAAAUUUUGGAAAAUGUAGUGAAUGAGCACAAACAGAAUCGAGCAGAUGGUCAAAAGGGUAAUGGUGAAUUUGGCGGUGAAGAUUUGAUCGAUGUUUUGCUAAGAGUUAGAGAGAGCGGAGAAGUUCAAAUUCAAAUCACGGAUGACAAUAUCAAAUCAAUAUUAGUCGACAUGUUCUCCGCAGGAUCUGAAACAUCAUCGACAACUAUAAUUUGGGCAUUGGCUGAAAUGAUGAAGAAACCCACUGUUUUAGCAAAGGCGCAAGCUGAAGUUAGACAAGUCUUGAAGGAGAAGAAAGGUUUUCAACAAAUUGAUCUUGAUGAGUUAAAAUACUUGAAGUUAGUAAUCAAAGAAACUUUAAGGAUGCACCCUCCAAUUCCUUUGUUAGUCCCUAGAGAAUGUAUGGAGGAUACAAAGAUUGACGGGUACAAUAUACCUUUCAAAACUCGAGUCAUAGUUAAUGCAUGGGCAAUUGGACGAGAUCCUAAAAGUUGGGAUGACCCUGAAAGCUUUUCACCAGAGAGAUUCGAGAAUAGUUCUGUUGACUUUCUUGGAAGUCAUCAUCAAUUUAUUCCGUUUGGUGCAGGAAGAAGGAUUUGUCCGGGAAUGCUAUUUGGUUUAGCCAAUGUUGGACAACCUUUAGCUCAAUUGCUUUAUCACUUCAAUUGGAAACUUCCUAACGGACAAAGGCACGAAAAUUUGGACAUGACAGAGUCACCUGGAAUUUCUGCAACAAGAAAGGAUGAUCUUGUUUUGAUUGCCACUCCUUAUGAUUCUUGAGUUUGGAAAAAAACAGAAAUGGCUAGAGUUUGUCUGCUUUGGAAAACUUUUUUAUUGAUGUAUUAAAAUAUUUGCAUAAAAUAAACUUCUCAA